UGCUCUUUGGAGCGAGUUUCGUACAGUGUCUCGGGAGCAUUCCAUUAUCGUAUCCGAAGACGGUACGCUGUAUCGCUAUCAAGUGGACCUGCGAAAGGCAGUCGCAGCCGCAGAGGGAUCAGUGGUAUAUCGCGAUGGAUUGUGGUACCCUACAAACAGUCAAGAAGGCGAAUUUUCGCUCGACCAAGCACUCGAGCCUACGGUUUACUAAUGUAUAGCGCAUGUAUGCUUACACUACAAAUAUAGCAAACAUCCACAAAUGAAAUAUAUAACUUCGUUCUCACAGUAUGGAUACUCCCUACCAAGAACGUCCCACCUUCCUUCAGACCUGACAGAUCGUGUUUCUGACCCUUCUGCUAGAAUACUAUGUCCAUCCUUCACUCUGCUUGCAACAAACAAACUCGCCACUUACAAGAAGCGACCACUCCACAUAUCCCUAUACUUGCAGUCAAAGAUCGCGAUGUCAAACUCCUCCCCUCUUGCCGCUCUCUGCGACCACUGCACCGCGCCCGCAACACUCCCCUGCAGCACCAACUGCGGCGACAUGCGCUAUUGCACGCCAACCUGCUCCUCCCUCCACGUACCCUCCCACCUCGCAAUCUGCACCGCAUUCCGCGCCCAAGAAGCCCGUCCAUCUGGAUAUCCUGAUCAGGAGUUGCACUACCGUGCCAAUUUCCUCCUCAAAGACACUGACCAACUCAGAUUUGUAUGGUUGAAGUAUCAUCAAAAUUCGACAUUCAAACUUGUUGCGGUAUCAAUCGGUCCGUACGGGGCCUGAUUGCUGCUGCUCGGACUAUUCUGAACUAGCAUGUUUCAGGACAGGUAUAUGUUGUCUUCUCCUAGCUAGAUAGCAGCUCAGCACAAUAUUCCAUCGUGUUCAACAAGCGGUUGACGCCGCUACAAAACUGG